CAAAAACACAACUGUUUAGGUUUCGUCGUCGACGCGCUCAUCAACAAAGUCCCUGACGAAGAAAUUUAACCAAUACCAUAUCUCUAGGGACGAAGCGCGUUACGAUUUAGAUCGGAGAUCUCAUCGAGAUCGCCGGUGAAUUAGGGUUUGAAUUUUGGAUUUGAAGAUGACUCAAUCAAUCUGUUCGUCGUCUCAAGAUCAAUCUUCUUCUCCUCGUUCUUUGAUUCCGCCACGCAAAUCGGCGACGAACUUUCACCGCCGCAGGGGGAGGAGUGUAUUUAGUAUGUUGGUUCAGAGGGAAAUGUCACCAAAUUCAAAGUUUGUGCCAAGGAAACGGUGGGGGAAGAGUAGAUGGUAUACUGAUUCUUCGUGCGGAACCAACAGCGAGCCGUUGAGAGAGGCGGAACAAAGUCUUACUUCAUGGGUUGAGGCAGAGUCAUUGCAGCAUUUAUCUGCAAAAUAUUGUCCUCUUGGAGCUCCUCCAAGGUCGACUAUUGCAGCGGCUUUUAGUACUGAUGGAAGAACUCUUGCUUCUACACAUGGUGAUCAUACUGUAAAGAUUAUUGAUUGUGAAACUGGAAACUGCUUAAAAGUUUUGAACGGCCAUCAAAGGACUCCUUGGGUGGUCAGAUUCCACCCGCUUCAUUCAGAAAUAGUUGCUAGUGGAAGUUUAGAUCUUGAGGUCCGCUUAUGGAAUAUCACAACUUCUGAAUGUAUUAGAUCUCAUGUAUUCUAUCGUCCUAUUGCUUCUAUCGCUUUCCAUGCUGAGGGUGAACUACUUGCUGUUGCUUCUGGUCAUAAGCUGCACAUGUGGCACUACAAUAGGAGAGGAGAGGAAUCAUCACCAACCGUUGUAUUGAAGACGAGGCGCUCUCUGAGAGCUGUACACUUUCACCCUCAUGGGGCACCAUUUCUCUUGACCGCAGAGUGGCAGGUGAAUGAAAUUGAUUCAUUAGAUUCUUCAAUGUCUAGAGCAACAUCUAUGGGCUACUUGAGGUAUCCGCCCCCUGCUAUUUUGUUCACAAGCACGGAAAGCAAUCGAACUAGUUUGGCAGCAGAACUUCCCCUUGUGCCACUUCCACACAUGUCCGUGCCUACACCUUCUGGAGAUGAACCAAGAAUUGGUCAAUAUACUACUGGUAAUACUGGUCAAAUUAGUUCCCAAUCAGGGUUUCAGAAUCUUCAAAGCUCUUCAGAAAAUGAGAACAGAACAUCGUCUCUUCCUUUUCCCUUGGCUACAUCCAGUGGUCCUUCUGGUUCAAAUAGUGUUCCAGGAAAUUCUCCUAGCAAUAUAUUUUUUACCCGAGCUGGAGAUAGAACUCCUGCAGUUGAUGGCAUGAAUGUAGAUGAAGCUCAACCUGUUGGAAGAAACGGAAUUCCUAGCCAAGUUUCAAAUCGAUCAGAUUUCCCUGAGCUUGGACAGAUUCGGCAAUUAUUUCACUUUAGGGAUAGAGUUUCCUGGGAGUUACCUUUUCUACAAGGAUGGUUGAUGGCUCAAGGUCAUGGUGUUGCUAAUCCAGUGGUUCCUCCUACUGGCAGUAGUAAUCAUGGCAUCUCAGCUCCAUCUUCAACAUCUCGUUUAUCAACAGCCAGUCUGGAGGCUGCAGUAGCAUUAUUAGAAAUCCCGAGUGGUGUUAACUUACAUGCGGUGUCUGGAAGAGGCAGAGCCCAGGAACAAACUUCACAACCCCAAUUCUCGGGAUCUGGAUUACCGGAAGGUGUGCCUUCUCGUAACACUCAACAUGGAGGUAAUGCUCGACCUGUAGUGAACAGGGUCCAGUCUGAACUUGCUACCUCAAUUGCUGCUUCAGCAGCAGCAGCAGCUGCUGCUGCAGAAUUACCUUGUACUGUCAAACUCAGAGUGUGGUCGCAUGACAUUAAAGACCCAUAUGCACAACUGAAGUCCGACAGAUGUCUAUUUACAAUACCGCAUGCCGUCCUUUGCAGUGAAAUGGGAGCUCAUUUUUCGCCAUGCGGGAGAUAUUUAGCAGCCUGUGUUGCAUGUGUUUUUCCUCAUGCCGAGAUAGAUCUUGGGCUGCAGACACAAGCCCAACAAGAUUCAGGGCUUGCAACUUCCCCAACUCGACACCCUGUCACAGCACACCAAGUCAUUUACGAGCUUCGUGUGUAUUCUCUCCAGAAGGAAAGUUUUGGUUCAGUACUUGUGUCACGGGCAAUUAGAGCUGCACAUUGCUUGACCUCAAUCCAGUUCUCACCCACCUCGGAGCAUAUACUUCUUGCAUAUGGGCGGCGUCAUGGUUCUCUUUUGAGGAGCAUCGUUAGUGAUGGUGAAGCAACAUCACAUUUUUUCACAGUGUUGGAGAUAUACAGAGUUUCAGAUAUGGAGCUUGUGAGAGUACUGCCAAGUUCAGAUGAUGAAGUGAAUGUUGCUUGUUUUCAUCCUUCUCCUGGAGGAGGUCUUGUUUAUGGGACAAAGGAGGGGAAACUGAGGAUCUUCCAGUACAAUACAGCUGCUACCUCAAACUUCACUGGACCAAACACCUAACCUGAGGAGAAGAAGUUAUUCCGAGGUAGCGUAGAAUUAUAAUAAUAAAGAAGGUUGGAUCUUUGUCAAAAAUGAAGAACAAGACCUAAUUAUAAAGAUGAUCUAAUUGA